CAGUUGCAUAUUAUUCGCCAGAUCUUAAAGCUCAUGCCAACGCAGCUCACCUACGAAAUAAAAUAUCCUAUCGAAACUGCACAUCCCGGGAUAAAACAUAAAGAUGACAGACGCUGCCCGUUGGAAAGCUACGGUUUAUGUCGGAGGUUUAGCCUCUGUCGUCACCAGCGUAAAUAUUCACGACGCCUUCAUCCCCUUUGGUGAAAUCGCAGAUAUAUCUCUGCCCAAGAGCGAUGCGCCAAACGCAACUGAGCCGCAUCGAGGAUUCGCAUACGUUGAGUAUGAGGAUGCCGAAGAUGCCAAGGAAGCCAUCGACAACAUGGAUCAAUCUGAGUUAUUUGGCAGAGUCCUGAAAGUCUCGGCCGCAAAACCUCCCAAGAGCGCGGAUGAAGGAUUAGGUAGCAAGAAGGCAAUUUGGGAACAGGAACGAUGGCUGGCCGAACAUGCAGUCAGUGAAGAAGAUCGUGCUACAGCUGAAGCACCUAAGAGUGGCGUAGACGAUGACAGACCAGAUGACCCUAUGCAAGGACUUGAAGGGCUAGACGUUGCCGGACCCAAACCGGAAUGAGGGAGUCGCUUGAACUUCUCAUGGGGGGCCUACUUGGAUUUAUCGCAUAGCGUUGGCGUCAGGAAUGGAUUAUGGGACACGAAAAGAAGUGUUUAAGAUAGGAGCUUGCGACUAAUGUCUAUACCGCGCUCAAUCUCCCUUAUUUGCCAUAUCCACCUCCGGUGGUCACAUGUACAGUGCUAUGCUUCUCUGAACGAAAACGCGCCCUUCCCUAGUGAGCCUGUUCCGACUGGCCAAAUUCCAACUCCAUCCCCCUUGCCAUGACGAAUUUUUCUAGUGUUCGGAGUGUUCGGCGUGCUCGCCGUGAUCCGAAGGCUCCUCCUUGCGGUUUUGACGGCUAAGACGGAGGUUCUUGUCGACCCUAAACUUGCGGAAGCUGGAGUAGCCGGCAGCGAAAACGGCGAAGCCAACGACAACGCCUAA